GGUAUGCAAAAUAACCAGAUACCAGAUUCUGCUUUGAGGGCGUCCACGUCUUACAAUGUAAACUCUAUGGGUCCAAGGAAUGGAAGAUUGCAUUUCCAAGCGAAGUCAGGACAGUACGGAGCAUGGGCCACUUCAACAAAUAACGAAUUCCAGUACUUUGAGGUCAGUUUUGGCGAUUGGACCCAAGUAACUCAAGUAGCCACUCAAGGCAGACAAGAUGGAGCCUGGUGGGUUAAAAGCUACAUCCUUGCCAGCAGUGACGAUGGUGUGUUCUUUAGGGAUUAUCAAGAAGACAAUAAAGUGAAGGUUUUUGAUGGAAACAGUGAUAAGUACUCGGUGGUGAAGCAUACUUUAAAGAAUCCAAUAAUCACUCGUUACCUUCGAAUCAAACCAAAGACAUGGCAAGGCUAUAUAUCGCUUAGAGCAGAGUUUUAUGGCUGCAGGGAAGGUUUUACGCCUCCAAAACCUAAAUGCAAAGAUCCCCUGGGUAUCGAAAGUGGAAAAAUUCCAAGCAGCGCCAUAGUGGCCUCUUCAAUGUACAACCAGUAUUUUGGACCGGAACGUGGCAGGCUUCGCGCCGUAAAAGAGGGAAGCUAUUACGGCGGCUGGGCUGCUCAGUAUAAUAACGUUCACCAGUUUAUACAGUACGACUUUGGUAAGUUUGUCAAGGUUACUGGUGUGGCAACUCAAGGGCGUUCCGACGCUAAUUGGAUGGUCAGCAGCUACAUCUUGGCCUACAGUCUUGAUGGCGUCUCUUUCACGACAUACGGUGCCGGUGAUGGACAAGUAUUUACAGGGAACACUCAGGAUAAAAAUGAACCCGCUGGUAGCGUCAUCGAUCCACCAAUAAUCGCCCGGUUCAUUAAGAUUCGUGUGGUAACAUCUAAAGGACAUCCAGCCUUGCGAGCCGAAUUUUAUGGGUGUACCGAAGGAUUCGAAAAACCGAAGGCCUUGGUGUGCUUGGAAGCUCUUGGAAUGCAGAAUGAAAGAAUUCCAGACUCUGCUUUAAGUGCUUCAACAGGGACCGCCAUCAACGGCAGAUUACAUUUCCUUUACAGGUCAGGCCGACAUGGAGCCUGGAUAGCACAAAAAAAUGAUAGGUUCCAGUUCUUGCAAGCAAAUUUUGGAGACUGGACGAAGAUCACCCGAGUUGCCAUUCAAGGGAGAUCAGACGCGGAGCAGUGGGUGAAGAGGUUUAAACUUUCAUAUGGCUACGAUGCAGUGUUCUUCAAAGCUUAUUUAGAAGACGGUAACAAAAAAGUCUUUGCUGGUAGUGUUGAUCGAUAUACCCCAGCAUAUCAUGAUCUAAAAAAUCCCAUCAUCACUCGAUAUAUACGAAUUCAUCCAGUGGAAUGGUAUGGUCACAUAUCUAUGAGAGCAGAGUUUUAUGGUUGCAAAGAUGGAUUUGAGCCCCCAAAACUGGAAUGCCAAGCAGAACUUGGAAUGAGCAACGGGAAAAUACCCAACAGCGCUAUCACUGCUACUACCAGCCUAAAUCAGUAUUAUGGUCCAGAGCGCGCCAGACUGAAUACAGUGAAGUCAGGGAGUUUUGCUGGAGCGUGGAUUCCUAAUGCGCAGGACUUUGGUCAAUGGAUACAAGUUAAUUUGGGAAAAAUUGCAAAAAUAACGCGUAUAGCCACCAGAGGGAGGCAAGAGGCGGGUCACUGGGUUAAAAGCUUCUCUCUUACCUACAGUGUUGAAGGUGGACCAUUCUUGCCUUACAAUGACAACCAGGUUCUUCCAGGCAAUACGGACCAGAAUACAAUAGUUGGGAACAUUCUCAAUCCGCCUAUAAUAGCACAAUAUAUUAGAAUCCACGCAAAAGAGUGGCAAGGUUACAUAGCACUACGUUUCGAGCUUUACGGAUGCACAAGCGGUUUUCCCAUUCCCAGUGUUCCUCCAUGCCAGAUUCAACUUGGGAUGCAAAAUGGCAAGAUACCAAAUUCUGCAUUGUCAGCCUCAUCGAAAUUGAAUGCUAAUUAUGGUCCUGAAAAUGCGAGACUUCACUUUCAUCCCGUCGGAGGCCGCCAAGGAGCCUGGAUUCCAAGCGUUCAGAACCAUAAUCAGUGGUUCCAGGUUGACUUUGGAGUUGAGACCCAAGUCACACGAAUUGCUACCCAGGGUCGCCAGAAUGCAAAUCAGUAUGUCACAAAAUACACGUUGAGAUACAGUCUCGAUAAAUCUUACUGGAACCAGUAUCAACCAUUUGGUUACACCUUGACAUUUUUGGCAAACAGUGACCGGUACACAGUCGUAAGCCACGAUUUACCCAAACCUAUUCGCACGCGCUAUUUGAGGAUUGUUCCAGAGGAAUGGUACAGCUACAUCGCCCUGAGGGCUGAAUUCUACGGAUGCAAGACAAAUGAUGGAGGGUUUUCAGAGUGGGGCUCUUGGUCUCAGUGUUCCAAAACGUGUGGAGAUGGGCGUCGGAGUCGCCGUCGAUCAUGCACCAAUCCCCCUCCAAGCCCUGGUGGAAAGGACUGCUCUGACCUGGGACCUGACACACAAUAUGAAGAUUGCAAUGAUGGAAGCUGCCCAGUUGAUGGUGGUUAUAGCAAUUGGCUCGAAUGGAGUGCUUGUUCUGCUUCAUGUGGUGGAGGAAGAAGAGCGCGCAGCAGGAAAUGUGACAACCCUGUUCCACAGCAUGAUGGAAAGAACUGCGUCGGACCCUCAUUGGAAACAGAGCAGUGCAAUAACGAAGAAUGCCCGAGGAAUGGUGGGUACUCUGCUUGGGGACCAUAUGGCAAAUGCACUAAAACGUGUGGAGGUGGAAAGCAAUAUCGAGAGCGAACGUGCACAAAUCCACCUCCAAGUGCCGGAGGAAAGGAUUGCUCGGGACUUGGACCGAGUAAAUCAAGCAGAGAAUGCAGCAAUCAAAAUUGCCCCAUCAAAUCAAUAUUUUUAGUUGAUGGAGGUUAUGGACCUUGGGGUUCCUGGGGCGACUGCUCUAUUACUUGUGGCAAGCAAAAGGGCAAACAUACACGUGAUCGCUUGUGUAAUAACCCAGAACCAAAGGAUGGUGGGAAGGACUGUUCAGGUCUUGGAAAGGAUAGCGAGACAAAGUCGUGCACACCACCAAUAAAGAAAUGUCCCGUGGACGGCGGAUGGGGAGACUGGAGCGAUUGGAGUAAGUGUUCAGUUACAUGUGGAGGAGGAGAACUGAUCAGAGAAAGAAAGUGUAACAAUCCUAAGCCUGCAGCUGAUGGUAAGGAUUGUGAAGGAGACGAGGCAGAGACGAAAGAGUGUAACCCUCAAGUGUGUGGACAGGCUGAAUGGAAGCCAGUGGGUUGCUUUAAGAAUAGCGAUCGCGCUCUCGACGUGGUUCUUGAGAGAGUGGGAAGCAAGAAUUCAAUAAGCGCUCGCUAUGCCGCGUGCACGUCAGCGGCUAACAGUGAAGAUGUGGCCUUGUUUGGUAUGGACGACAGGAGAUGCUGGACCGGUGAAAAUGCAGAAAGCACAUUCAGCAAAUAUGGAACCUCAGGGCAGUGCAAGACAAAGAAUGGAUUAGGUAGUGGUCUGUCAGAGUCGGAAACAAUGUUUGUCUACGAGAAAGACGCAGAUGACUGGGCACAAAAAGGAUGCUACGUCAACAAGGCAUCGAAAUUGGCUUUACCAGACUCUUUGGACGACGGUGUCGAUAAAAUACAAGGUAAUGACAAUAUCUUCUUGUACUGCAAGGAGAAGGCUGAAUCUUUAGGCCACGAGCUAUUCGGAGUUGACGACAAGAUCUGCUGGGCGGAUAACGAUGGGGAGAACAAGUACGAUAGGUACGGGAAAUCCUCAACAUGCUCUGUCAGCAAAAGUGGCAACGGGUCCGGCAAGGAAAUUAAUGGUGACAUGUUUGUCUAUAAGUAUGAAUAGUGGUUCAGAUCAAGGGCCAGAGUUAUGCAACUCAAAAGUGGAUUAACCACAGAACUGGAAUGUACGCGGAAACAAAAGGGAAAUAUCAUAACACAAAACAGUAGUCUAGCUACUCUCUGGUUUAUAAAUUGUAAGGAUAUUGGGGAAAAAGUUUAGCGCGCUU